UUUCACGGUUCCAUACUUGUGACUUUUCCUUGCCAUUUCUUUUGUCUUCCAGUCAAAGGGAUGUAGGCAGGAUGAACACAAACACCUCCAUGGUGACUGAAUUUCUUCUAGUAGGCUUCUCCCACCUGGCCGACCUCCAGGGCUUGCUCUUCUCUGUCUUUCUCACUAUCUACCUGCUGACUGUGGCAGGCAAUUUCCUCAUUGUGGUGCUGGUCUCCACCGAUGCUGCCCUCCAGUCCCCUAUGUACUUCUUUCUGCGCGUCCUCUCGACCUUGGAGAUGGGCUAUACAUCCGUCACGGUCCCCCUGCUGCUUCACCACCUCCUCACUGGCCAGUGCCACAUCUCUCGCUCUGGAUGUGCUCUCCAGAUGUUCUUCUUCCUCUUCUUUGGCGCCACAGAGUGUUGCCUCCUGGCAGCCAUGGCCUAUGACCGCUAUGCAGCCAUCUGCGAACCCCUCCGCUACCCACUGCUGCUGAGCCACCGGAUGUGUCUACAGCUAACUGGGUCUGCGUGGGCCUGUGGGGUGCUGGUGGGGUUGGGCCACACCUGUUUCAUCUUCUCCUUGCCCUUCUGUGGUCCCAAUGCCAUCCCGCACUUCUUCUGUGAGAUCCAGCCUGUCCUGCAGCUGGUGUGCGGGGACACCUCGCUUAAUGAACUGCAGAUUAUCCUGGCCGCAGCCCUCAUCAUCCUCUGCCCCUUUGGCCUCAUCCUGGGCUCCUACGGGCGUAUCCUGGUUACCAUCUUCCGGAUCCCAUCUGCUGUCGGCCGCCGCAAGGCCUUCUCCACCUGCUCCUCCCACCUGAUCGUGGUCUCCCUCUUCUAUGGCACCGCCAUCUUUAUCUAUAUUCGCCCUAAGGCCAGUUACGAUCCGGUCACUGACCCUCUGGUGUCCCUCUUCUAUGCUGUGGUCACCCCCAUCCUCAACCCCAUUAUCUACAGCCUGCGGAACACAGAGGUCAAAGCUGCCCUAAAGAGAACCAUGCAGAAAAUGGUGCCUAUGGAGAUUUGAAAAGGGGGCGAUAGUGA